UCUGCUCAAAUCCAUGACGUGGGGUCCAUUGAGAUACUUUUCUAUGCAACCAGAAAUACGAAGGGAAGGAUUUGAGAUACGGAUAUCAGAAGACAUAUAAUGUGAAAGAAAAAUCCUUAUGCGAUUGUUCAUCCUUCGCUCAUUGCACCUGAAGACUUCAUUGACCUGCGCAAACUUCCAGACCUCUCUGCGAUUCAACUGCGUUCCCCUUCGACCCGUCCGAACCCACGCGAUGUCGUCCAAACUGCUACCCGGCGACCCCGAGAAGGUCAUGGUUAUUCGAGAUCUUCCAAAUUCGAACAUCACAACCCUCAGCCUGCCCUUCAUGCGCUUCGGGCGCAUCAAAAUAGGCGGUCGUGCCACUCUAGUGAAGUUACAGACCGGAAAUGUGGCCGUGUUCUCCCCCGUCUCGCUCACGUCGGACGUGAAAAGCAAGGUGAAGACUAUGGGACCGAUCAAAUAUAUCAUCGCACCUGAUGUUGAGCAUCAUCUAAUGGUCGAGACGUGGGCAAAAGAAUACCCUGAGGCCGAGCUCAUCGGACCUGAGGGACUGCCAGAGAAGCAUCCUGGACUGAAGUUUGCUCAUGUCUUCUCCUCAAAGGCAAAGAACGAUAUGCACAUCUCGACCGAAUUUGACAAAGAGUUUGCUUCGGAGUACUUCCCAAUGCAUCCGAACAAGGAGCUCGUAUUCUAUCAUAAACCCAGCCGGACCAUGAUCGAGGCAGAUCUGUUGUUCAAUCUCCCUGCAACCGAACAAUUCUCCAAGUCGGGAACCGACCCUCGUUCCGGAAUUCUUACCAAGAUCUUUGGGGGAAUAAUGAAUACAAGAGGUGACAUGAUUUGGCAGAAGCGUUUUCUCUGGUACGCAUUCAGCAAGUCGGACCGAGCUGGAUUCGCCGCAUCCGCAAAGAAGAUCAAGGCAUCAUGGGACUACGACCGUAUCAUCCCCUGUCAUGGCGAUGUGAUUGAGACCGGCGGCAAAGGUGUCAUGGACAAAGCUAUGGCCUGGUUCUAUGAAAAGUACUGAUUGAUAACACGGAGUAGAUGGGUGAGACAUUGUGAUUUUCUGGCUUCUGUUGCAAAAGAUACCAUGUAACGUUUAAAUUCAGCAGCUCGAUUAAUUCGCCUACAAGACUUCAAGCAGUCCCUUCCUCCAUGGUGCUUACACCCUAGAUAGCAUGACCAGGAAAGGGGAAACCU